CCAUCUUUCCUGGAAAUGACCAGGGAAUGUUGCAUGCCUUUUUGAAAUAAAGGCUAUAGCAAUGAGUUGUUUUCCAUGCUUCUCAUGUCAAAGGAGAGCAUCAAAGAGGUCUAAUGAAAAGAGAAAAGGAGCAGUCCCCCCUUCCAAUCCCCAUCAAGACCCCUCUCCACAACCACGCUCUAAUUCUUGCACACAACACCCAUGCAAUGAAAAUCCAAGAAAGACAGCAGAAACAACAACUAACAAGGCAACAAACAAAGAAGGAGGAGACAACAACAAUAUUGCAGCUCAAACUUUCACUUUUAGGGAGUUGGCCGCAGCCACAAAGAAUUUCAGGCAAGAAUAUCUGCUCGGUGAAGGUGGAUUUGGUCGUGUUUACAAAGGUCGUCUCCACAAAACAGACCAGCUAGUGGCAGUUAAGCAACUUGAUCGCAAUGGGCUGCAAGGGAACCGAGAGUUUCUUGUAGAGGUUCUAAUGUUGAGCCUUCUACACCACCAAAAUUUGGUGAACCUAAUCGGUUAUUGUGCCGAUGGUGAACAGAGGCUCUUGGUCUAUGAACAUAUGCAAUUGGGAUCUCUCGAAGACCAUUUACUUGAUAUAUCGCCCAAGCGGUCUCCACUACCUUGGUUUACAAGGAUGAAGAUCGCGUUACAUGCUGCCAAAGGUCUGGAGUAUUUGCACGACAAGGCAAACCCUCCAGUGAUCUACCGUGACUUGAAGUCAUCUAACAUCUUGCUCGACAAGGACUACAACGCUAAGCUGUCUGACUUUGGACUAGCCAAGCUUGGGCCUGUUGGAGACAAAUGCCAUGUUUCUACAAGGGUCAUGGGAACGUACGGCUAUUGCGCUCCUGAGUAUCAACGCACCGGCCAACUCACUGUAAAAUCGGACGUAUAUAGUUUCGGCGUUGUCCUUUUGGAACUAAUCACAGGAAAAAGAGCUAUUGACAAUAGAAGAAGCCCUGACCAACAAAAUCUUGUGACAUGGGCUGAACCCAUUUUCAUGGAGCCGAGUAGAUUCUCGGAGCUGGCAGAUCCUAUGCUUAGAGGCGACUUCCCGAAGAAGAGCUUCAACCAGGCGGUUGCGAUAUCAGCCAUGUGUCUUCAAGAAGAUACGACGGUUCGACCUUUGAUUAGUGAUGUAGUGACUGCGCUUAGUUGCCUUCCGUUGCAAGGGGAUGCGGGGUACUCCUGCCCCAUAUCCCCACCCUCACCCCGCUUGAGUGAUGCAACAACAUCGCGGGAACGAGAUAAAGCAGUUGCGGAAGCCAUAGCUUGGGGCUCAAAGUCUAGGCAUAAAUAAUUGCCAAAACUAGGCUAAUGUGUAUAUUAUAACACUUGUCGGAACUUUAAA